AAGUCUGGUGUAAUGAUAACAAAGAACUUACAAUAUAUGUUCUAAAUUGGCUGUCAUUACUUGUACAGAAUCCAGCAGAAAAACCAGGUGUAGUUAUAGUAAUGAGAAGUCCUCCAAGAUGUGGAAAAAAUAUAUUAACCGAUUUUAUUGGAUUCAAAGUAUUGGGAUCUGAAAACUUCUUAUCAACAUCCAGGCUUAAUGAUGUAGUAGGAAGAUUCAAUAAAGAAAUUCAAGGUCGGAAACUUAUAGUUCUUAAUGAAUGUGGAAUGACUGGUUCAGAAUGGCAUACAGCAAAUGAUAAUUUAAAAAGUUUAAUUACUGAGCCUUAUGUAACAAUCGAACGCAAAGGAGUAGAUUCAAAAACCAUUUCUGAUUUUGCUGGAUAUAUGAUUCUUAGUAACCACCAUGCACCUCUUAGAGUUGAAGUAGGGGAUGAACGAAUAGUUGCUUUGGAU